GUUAGGAAACAUGUAUAAAAAGAGGGGGAGAGAGUAAAUGAACAGAAAGUAGGAGAUUUCAAAAGCGAUAAAUGACUAUCGACUAUCAGAUGCCAUGUCCACCCACAGGGAUCCUCCACCUCCCCUCAUAAUCCUCACACUGGCCUUUCUCAAUGGCUACUCCUCCUUUGCUGCACCCUCUGACGUCUCAGGGACCAACCACACAGCCACCCUUCAUCUAAGGCCACACGGACGCAUGUACGAAAUGUUGGAGCUCUACUCAAAUGAUGACUACGACCUGAAUUGGGACACCACUCCACCCCCGCCUACUCCCUCACGGGGCACCAAUCGUCAGUCCUGUGACUACAACCCCUGCCGGGAGCUACAGACCCCCUGUGCCCAGCUGGCAGCCUCCAGCGGCUGCCUUUGUCCAGGGGUGAGUGGGCCCCACGUGGCCCCAGAGCCUCCAGACCUUAAGAGACUGUCUAUGGAAGGGCCAGUGGUGGUUGUUCAGUGGUGUGCACCAUCGUCUGUUGUGACCCGUUAUGAGGUGGUGGUGGGUACCCUGGAUCCCCUGGUGUUUGGGGAGGACCAGAGGAGUGGUGUUGUGCGGGGGGUGGGGCAGGGGGUGGAGGUGUGUGUGGUGGCGGUGAAUGACGCAGGAGUCAGCGAGCGUCAGAGACGGUCCUGUACGAUGUACGAGCCCCCUGGAGACAGCAGUCUGGCCCUCAAAGCUGGGCUGAUUGGAGGGGCCCUGGGGCUCCUGCUGCUCCUCUCACUGGCUGUCCUGCUUUGGAGGCACAGGGCUCGGAGAAAAGCAGAUGCCAGGAUCACCCAGGCCACGGAGGAAACACUUUGAAAGGACUGAGGGAAGGCUAUGGAAGAGGCUAACUCAAGAGUGGCUGUCCAGAACUGAGGCAUAUUUUACCAUAAGAGACUGAUUACGCAGUCUGUCUGUCUGUGUGUGUGUGUGUGUGUGUGCACGUACUGAACAGGAUGCUGAAUAGGCCUGUGCUCACCGAAAGGCAGGAGGCACUCAGUCAGUCAGGUGAUAUGAAACAGCUUCCUGUCUUCUAUACACAUCUCAAUUCAAACAAUGACUCAUCUCCCUUUGCUGACUUCACCUGCAUGCACAGUCCAGAUAAAAUGCUAAAGCAAAUACAUUCAAAAUUAAACAAGAUGCAGGUUACAUAACAUAAAAUAAUAAAUAAAAAUAUUAAAACAAUGAUUUAACAUUUGUUAUUCCUUAUAUAAACAAAACAGUUCCUUUCCUUGCUCAUCAUUGAAAUAAUAUACAUAGUCGAGAUGAGAAACAAUUUAAACUGUUUCAGAAAAGGAGGUGAAUUCUCGUCUUAUGUUCUGUAAAGGCAACCAUACAGCAGUUUUCAUUUACAAACAGCUGUUUAACUAGCGGUCUACGAAAUCCCUCUUAAAUAGGUUUGUGAGACAAUGUCAUAGACUCGUGGAUCUUUAACUGUCUGAAAAUGUUGGUCGCCCAAUCCUGUAUUAUUGGCAUCAGAACACAAGUAGCACCGAUGUUCUAUUUGCCCACAGAUGAGAUUCAUGUGAAAGCUUUUGCUGGAUGGGAAAUGGGGAGGGGUAUGUAACCUCUUCCCCAGGCUAUAAUGAAAUGCAUUUGGCCGGCCGAGUCUAAGGGGAAUGUGGCACAGGAUGUUAUACUCCUUUAGGAAUAGUCUAAGUGGAAAUAUAUAGGAAAAGUUUAAGUGGGAUCCUUGGGAGGACCAACUCUGACAUUACUCCAAAGAAGUCGAUAUGUAAAAGUUAGGGUAAGGGUUAUUGUUAGGGUUUAGGGUAGGGAUGUCCCAAGGUUCCCGCUAAGCAUCUACUGUACAAUAUACACUGAGUGUACAAAAUAUGAGGAACACUUUUCCAUGACAUAGACUGACUGACCAGGUGAAAGCUAUGAUCCCCUGGUAGUAGGUUCAAGGCGCACCGGUUUGAGUGUGUCAAGAACUGCAACAUUGCUGGGUUUUUCACUCUCAACCGUUUCCCAUGUGUAUCGAGAAUGGUCCACCACCAAAGGAUAUUCAGACAACUUGACAACUGUGGGAAGCAUUGGAGUCAACAUAGGCCAGCAUCAACAUGGGUCAGCAUCCCUGUGGAUUGCUUUCGACACCUUGUAGAGGACGUGCCCCGACUAAUUGUUCUGAGGGCAAAAGGGGGUGCAACUCAAUAUUAGGAAGGUGUUCCUAAUGUUUUUUUACACUCAGUAUAUAUCAUGGCCAUAUAGGCUAGCCUGAGUACCAGUCUGUUUAGCAAACAUUCCACUCCUUUUACUCAGUGUCAUUUCGCACAUGAAAGACUUGGGGCAAGGGCUGAGGGUUAAUAUGUCUACCAGAUCUACCACUAAGGGGCAGCAGACUCCAUAGAUCCAGAUUUCUGAUACUGGUAGGCCUAGACUACCUCAAAUAUUGGUACAAAAAUAUAGCCUACAAACAGAGUUGGCACUGAACAUACAAGAUGACAAUUAUGGAAAUAAAUAUAAAUACUACA